AUGAAACGUUCUUCACUCCGCGCUCUGUCGAGAGCGCUUCCACGAGCAUCCCCUCGGACCACCGUCGGUCCCUCGACUACGCUUACGGUUGCUUCACCGGCGCUCAUCUCGUCCAGGCGACAGUACUCGACACACCCACCCAAUGCACGUCUGAACCUUCCGACCGACUACGCAAGCACGCCACUACUAUCCCACACUACACAAUCAGCUCUAAACAACCCAGAGCUGCCGCCCGAAGUCCGCAAUGGCACGACGAAGCGCAUGAAUCUGUUCCAGGCCGUCAACGAUGCGUUGUCGAUUGCCCUCGCCGAAGACGAGUCGGUCAUGAUCUUUGGCGAAGAUGUCGCCUUUGGCGGCGUCUUCCGCUGUACCGGCAAGCUGGCCGAGACCUAUGGUGGUGACCGCGUUUUCAACACCCCGCUCUCAGAACAAGGGAUCAUGGGCUUUGCGAUCGGUGCCGCAGCCGAGGGGAUGCGGCCAGUGGCCGAAAUCCAGUUCGCCGACUACGUCUACCCGGCCUUCGAUCAGCUCGUCAACGAGGCCGCCAAGUUCCGUUACCGUGACGGUGCUUGUGGACGCAGUGUGGGCGGGCUCACGGUGCGUAUGCCCUGCGGCGGCGUCGGCCACGGCGCGCUGUACCACUCGCAGUCGCCCGAGAGUUUGUUCACGCACAUCCCCGGCCUGCGCGUGAUUAUGCCGCGGUCGCCUCUCCAAGCCAAGGGACUGCUGCUCUCGGCGAUCCGCAGCAAUGACCCGUGCAUCUUUAUGGAACCCAAAAUCUUGUACCGCGCGGCUGUCGAGCAGGUGCCCACGGGUGCCUAUACCCUGCCGUUGUCCAAAGCUGAAAUCCUCAAGGAAGGGUCCGACGUAACUAUAAUAUCGUACGGCCAGCCGCUGUACAAAUGCGAGGCGGCGCUGAAGCAGGCGGAGAAGGACCUCGGCGUCUCGAUCGAGCUGAUCGAUCUACGCACCAUCUAUCCGUGGGACAAGGAGACGGUGUUCCAGAGCGUCCGCAAGACGGGCCGGUGUCUGGUCGUUCAUGAGGCCAUGGUCAACGCGGGCGUCGGCGCCGAAGUAGCAGCGGCCGUGCAGGAGGAUCCAGAAACGUUUGUGAGGCUAGAGGCGCCGGUUGCGCGGGUCGCAGGCUUCAGCAUACACACCCCGUUGCUGUAUGAAGCGUUGAAUGUGCCCGAUGUCGCGAGUAAUCACCUAACCGAUCCCCAUGACACAGACAUCAAGAGCCUAACUAUCUCGAGCCCAAACCUGGUCGAGGAGCUCGGCCCAGCGUUCCAAAAGUACAACGAGGAGCAGUUCACGACAGUAAAGCUUCCCGGUAGCAGUCAACAGGUCAUCGUCAGCUCCCACAACUCGCUAGGCGACGGCCGGUACUACGACCCAGAGAGCUCGGUGAGCUUUGCGUUUGACCAUGCGACCCAGAAGGCGAGCGCCGUAGAGAGCUACACUGCGGAGGGGGAUACCGCGGAUUUAGCGAAAUCAGUACUUAAGGGCCUCUCCACGUAUGUCAGCGAGCACUUCACCAACGCCGCGUACGGCGCCUACCCGACAGAAAAUGACUCCAAGCUUGCUGUCAUCAUCGUGGCAAACAAAUACAGCCCAAACAACUUCUGGAACGGCCGCUGGCGCUCGCUCUACAUCUACGACCCCGCCUCCAACACGCUCGAAGGCUCCCUCAAGGUCGACGUCCACUACUACGAGGACGGCAACGUGCGCCUGCUCACAAACAAGGCCUCAACGGCCACGGUACCCUCCUCGGGCGCCACAGGCGCGGCCAUCGCGCGCGAGAUCUCGACGGGCGAGCGCAAGUACCAGGAGGAGCUCAACCGCAGCUUUACCAGUCUGAGCGAGGGCGCGUUCAAGGCACUGCGGCGGCAGCUGCCGGUGACGAGGCAGAAGAUUGAGUGGGAUAAGGUGGCGAGCUACAGGCUGGGGCAGGAUAUUGGUGGUGGUGCCGGGAGGAGGUAG